AUGGUCCCUCAACAAUACGACUACCAUAUCCCCGCAGGCCUCCAUGCCAUACCCGCCGACCUGGUCGACCUCCGCCCAGACCCUGAGAUCGACGAGACCUUGCUCCACCCCCCACCAAUCUCAGACGAGAAAAACAUCUGGUUCUUCUGGCACAGUGGCUACAAGACCAUGCACCCUUACACGAAACGUAAUGUUCGAGCCUGGCAUCGACGGUUUUCCAAGCACGGCUGGACCAUUCGAGUGCUGGACCGGCAGCCGUCGUCUCCCCUGAACGUCGCCCACUUUCUGGACAUCACCGACUCGAACACCUUCCCCCGAGCCUUUAUCGAUGGCACCAUUGGGGGCGACUAUGCGCCUCAGCACACGUCCGAUCUCGUCAGGUGGCCGCUCCUGCUCGAGUACGGCGGUGUGUACGCGGAUGUCGGCAUGAUUCAGAUCGGCGACUUGGACCGUCUGUGGAAUGAGACGGUCGGAAAUCCAGACUCGCGCUUCGAAGUGAUCUCGUACUGCAACGGCGAGAUCGAGGCACCCAGUCUGACGAAUUACUUCCUAGCCUCUCGUCGGGAUAAUGCGCUCUUUUCCCGAUGCCACAAGCUCCUCCUGGCAUUAUGGGCGGCGGAUGGCGGCAAAACCAGCACCGAGGGAAUGCACCGCAGUCCCUUGCUGAAAGGCGUUCCAAUGAUGGGAGGUCCCUUUACGAUCGAGGAGGACGACAAAAAGAUCGGUCCCGAGGAGGUCGGUCGGAUAUUGACCGAUUACAUCAUUCAAGGACAGGUCAUGACGAUGGUCAUGGGACUGGUCGACGAAGAAGACGGCUGGGAUGGGCCCAAGUACGUCGCCGACCAUGUCUAUGGUAUCGAUUUCAUGGCGGGUUCGCAGCUCAUCAACGAAUAUACGGACUGGAACGGACAGAAAGCGUUCGAUUUGAUGUCGCUGACGCUGCCCAAACCAGGCGAGAAAGAGAACGCGGAGCAGAAGCAGGCAAGGGAGAUCGUCGAGGGGUGUCUGCAGAAGAGUUUUGGAUUCAAGUUGGCUCAUGGGCUCAUUUUGAGAGUGUUCAAGGUCACCCUGGGUUCGUUGUGGAGGCAGCACGAGGGGUCGGACAAUGUGCCCGGUACGUAUGCGCACUGGCUGAGGCAUGCCACCACGUAUUGGAAUCAGGACGACAUUCCGCCUACGUUGAAGUUCACGGUGAAGGAGCCAAUCAAGAGAGGGCCGUUGUUGAGAGAGAGAUAG